CGUUGCCUUCUUUGUCUCCUCUCGACGUAACUAAUUUCCAAAUCACAAUGAUUUUUUUUUCAGAGUUUCUUUAUGAUGAGGUCAAGUGCAAAUGGGAUGUUUUUGAAAAACAACUCUGUCGGUGAAGCCAGAGGAAGCAAUAUGAAUCCGGAGGAGUUGGAAAUUCGUCCAGGAGGGAUGCUGGUUCAAAAGCGGGAUUCCGGUUCCGAUCAAAACUCGGUUUCAGUUCCCACCAUUAAAGUCAGAGUCAAACAUGGAUCCAAGUAUCACGAAAUCUAUAUCAGUUCUCAAGCAAGUUUUGGGGAACUGAAGAAAAUGCUGGCGGAACGUACAGGACUGCACCAUGAGGAUCAGAAGAUUAUAUACAAGAACAAGGAAAGAUAUUCCAAGGAGUAUUUAGAUACUGUGAGAGUGAAAGAUGGGUCCAAAAUGGUGUUAGUCGAGGAUUCAGCGAGCAGAGAGAGACGUUGCCUUGAAAUGAUGAAAAAUGCUAACGCAGAAAAGGUAUCCAAGUCUCUGUCACAAAUCAGCCAGGAAGUCGAUGAAUUUUCCAAGCAGGUCACGGCAAUGGAAGCAACAGUUUCUACAGGAAAAAAAUUUGCAGAAGCAGAUGUAGAUAAUAUCAUUGGAAGCUUGAUGACAGAACUGGUUAAAUUGGACGAAUUAGUAGUCAAUGGAGAGUUGAAAUUGCAGAAGCAAAUGCUGGAAAAGAGAGUGCAAAAGUACAUAGAAACUCUUGACAUCUUCAAGUUGCAAAACACAAUGCCGAGAAGCAAAGAAAUGGAAAAAAUCCCACUGAAGCAACAAGAGGUUUCAGUAGGGCAAAGGCUUAAACUGGUACAGAGGCAACAGGUACUGCAAGAGAAACAGAGGAAGAACUCAACAGGGCAAAUCCCAGUGCUGCAACAACAACCUCUAAGACAGCAGUCUGAGUCGGUUAUCGUCACCACGAAAUGGGAAACUUUUGAUUGAAUCAUAGACGUGAUGAAAUGGGAAUUGCUUGGAAAGUCAGUGAUUUGCACUUAGGUUGAAGAUUAGAUUACACAUGAGAACCAGGAUUGAAAAAGGUCAAUCAUGAAUUGAUGUGUUGGUAUGUAUCUUUUAAUUUUUUUUUUUUCUUUAUGAGAAAACUGGUUAUUGCAAACUGUAUAUGGCAAAUGGUGCAAAAGAAAUUGGAAUCGUACACUACUUAAAAAAUUGUGAUUAGGUUA